UUGCGGUGCGGUGUGGUAAAUAGUUUCGAUCGGAUAAAAAACAUAAUAAUGUUCUCAUCCCUGAUGGACGUGGCGCGGAACUCACCGUUCCGCGGCCCCAUGACCUCGGCGCAGUGCCAGGCCUCCACUAACACACUGGCGCCGCCACAGAUCGAACAGAGCCCAAUGGCCGCAUCAGCUGUGGUAACCACCGAUUCCUGCGAGUUUGCUUCCCCAAAAUAUUUCGCCCUGUGCGGACUUGGCGGAAUCCUGUCUUGCGGUAUCACCCACACUGCUGUUGUGCCGCUCGACUUGGUAAAGUGCCGUUUGCAAGUGGACGCAGACAAGUACAAGAAUGUAGUUACUGGCUUCAAGGUGUCCGUCCGCGAGGAAGGCAUGCGAGGUCUGGCUAAGGGAUGGGCGCCAACCUUCAUUGGAUAUUCGCUACAGGGUCUCUGCAAGUUCGGUUUCUACGAAGUGUUCAAGGUGUUGUACUCCGGCAUGCUCGAUGAGGAGACAGCAUACGUAUACCGUACUGGAGUGUAUCUAGCUGCCUCUGCUUCGGCUGAGUUCUUUGCUGAUAUCGCUUUGUCACCUCUAGAGGCCGCUAAGGUCAGAAUCCAAACCAUGCCUGGCUUCGCGAACACUCUCCGUGAAGCGUGGCCCAAGAUGGUCCAGAACGAGGGCUACGGCACCUUCUACAAGGGCCUGGUGCCGUUGUGGGGCAGACAGAUCCCUUACACCAUGAUGAAGUUCGCCUGCUUCGAGAAGACCUUGGAGUUAUUGUAUAAGUUUGUGGUGCCCAAGCCCCGCGACCAAUGCAGCAAGGGCGAGCAGUUGGUAGUCACUUUCGCUGCCGGAUAUAUCGCCGGAGUGUUUUGCGCCAUCGUCUCGCAUCCCGCUGACACUGUCGUCUCCAAACUUAACCAGGAUAAGACUGCGACCGCUGGUUCUAUCAUAAGCAAGCUGGGCUGGGCCGGAGUAUGGAAGGGUCUCGGCCCCAGGAUCGUCAUGAUCGGUACCCUCACUGCCCUGCAAUGGUUCAUAUAUGAUGCCGUUAAGGUAUGGUUGAGAAUGCCGCGACCACCGCCAGCUGAGAUGCCAGAGUCUAUGCGCAAAAGGUUAGAAGCCGAAGAAGCAGGCAAGAAGAAGUGA